AUGGAUUCCAACGACUUCAGUUAUUGGGGUAAACAAAUGAUUGAUUUUAUAUCAAAUUAUUUACAAACUAUACAUAAAUAUCCUGUUUUACCAAAUGUGGAACCUGGUUAUUUAAAACAUUUAAUACCUAAUCAACCACCUGAACAAUCAGAUACAUGGAUGAAUAUAUUUGACGAUGUGAAAAAAUUUAUUUUACCCGGUCUGACUCACUGGCAACAUCCUCAAUUUCAUGCUUAUUUUCCGGCAGCGAAUUCAGUACCAUCAAUCAUGGCUGAUAUGUUAUCUACGGCACUAGGUUGUAAUGGAUUUUCAUGGGUUGCAAGCCCUGCAAUUACAGAAUUGGAAAUCUUGAUGUGUGACUGGAUUGGAAAGCUUUUAAAUCUACCUGAUACAUUUUUGCAUAGUAGCGGAAUCGGUGGAGGUGUAAUACAAUCGUCGGCAAGUGAUUGUAUAUUUGUAUCAAUGUUAGCUGCUCGUCAUCAAGCAAUUGAGCGUUAUAAACAUCUUUUAAAAAUGAUCAGUGAUUUAGACCCUGAAAUAAUAGUUCUCUCCAAACUUGUGGCAUAUGCAUCCACGUUAGCUCAUUCAGCUGUAGAAAAGGCUAGUGUGCUUGGUUUUGUAAAGUUACGACGUUUACCGGUCGAUGAAAACUUUAGUGUUCGGGGUGAAACUUUACAACGUGCUAUUAAAGAAGACAAGUCUAUGGGACUUAUUCCAUUCUAUAUGUGUGCAACACUCGGAACAACAUCAUGUUGUUCAUUCGACCAUUUAAAAUCUAUUGGACAAGUAUGUCGUGACAACGAUAUCUGGUUACAUGUGGACGCUGCAUAUGCUGGGAAUGCUUUUAUAUGUCCGGAGUUCAGACACUACUUAGAUGGAAUUGAGGAUGUUUGGUCCAUCAACAUCAAUCCAAACAAGUGGAUGCUGGUCAGUCAUGAUUGCAGUCUUAUGUGGGUACGUGAUUCGAAAGCCCUCACUAAGAGCAUGAUUGUCAAUCCGUCAUAUUUGCAACAUAAACAUAACACGCUUGAUUUGCGGCAUUGGGGAAUUCCUUUAAGUCGAAGAUUUAGAGCGCUUAAAUUAUGGUUUGUAGUUCGAAUAUAUGGAGCAACAGGUUUGAGGAAUUAUAUUAGAUCACAUGUACAACUUGCUAAAUAUUUUGUGAAUAAGGUGAAAACAAAUAACGCUUAUGAAAUUGUUGGUAAUCCAGUUAUGGGACUUGUAUGUUUCAGAUUAAAGGGAUCCAAUGAAUUGACUCGAUGUUUAGUCCAUCUUAUUAAUAAGAGCCGGGAAAUACAUAUUGUACCCUCGAUGGCCAGAGAUAUCUACUUUAUUCGAUUUUCUAUAAAUUAUGAAAAGGCCUGUAUCGAAGACAUUGAUUAUUCGUGGUCGGUGAUUGAAACAUCCCGAAAAAUACUAACCACUCAACAUUUCUAUAAACAACAUCUAUCUAUUAUGAACAUGAAACGAAAUUCAUACAUUCCAAUAAAAGCUGCAUCAUUUAGCGAUGAUCAUACAUCCUCAAACUCCGCCGAACUUCAACGUAGACAUGGAUCUACAUCUGCAGAGGAGUCAGUGAAAGUUGAGUGGUGA